AUAGGCCAAGAAAUACUUGGAAUAAUAAUCACAAUAAACCACCUUUAGCUCUUCACAGUCUUCAAGCCUUUUCUAUAAACAAAUGUUAGAUUUAUGUAAAUUGUUGCAUUAUAGAAUACAAAGAACAAAACGAAAACAAAAAAAGGAUAAAAAUAAAUCAAAAUAUACUAGCAUGAUUGUUUUCACUGAGGAGCAAGAGGCUUUGGUGAAUAGCUCAUGGGAAGCAUUCAAGAAAAAUAUUCCUCAACUUAGUAUUCUCUUCUAUACCUUGAUAUUGGAGAAAUUACCAGAUGCAAAAGACAUGUUCUCAUUUUUAAAAAGCUUUGAUGGAAUACCACAUAACAAUUCAACGCUUGAAGCGCAUGCUGAAUUGAUUUUUGAAAUGACUCGUGACUCAGCUGUUCAACUCCGAGCAAAAGGAAAAGUAGAUGUGGCAGAUGAUGUUACAUUAGAAUAUUUGGGUUCUGUUCAUGUUCAAAAAGGUGUCAUUGAUCUUCAUUUCAUGGUUUUUAAAGAAGCAAUGUUGAAAACAAUAAAAAAGGCUGUGGAGGACAAAUGGAGUGAGGAAUUGGAUUGUGCUUGGGGUAUAGCCUAUGAUGAACUAGCAUCUGCAAUUAAAAAGGCAAUGGGAUGGUGAAAGUUGGGUUUAAUAGAUGAUUUUGAUUUCACUAAACUUGUUAAACAAGUUUUCCAAGGGCAAAAAAAGAAGACUAUAGGCCACUCUAAAAUCAUGGAGUGUAUCUUUAUUCUUUCCCUUUUUUCACUUGAAACUGUUUUCAAAUUAAAAUACUCUAUAUGAUUGGAAAUUUGUAAUGCAUCUCUUCCUAGUAAAUUUCCUUCUUUUAUAA